AUGGCAACACACCGACGGUCUCUGGCGGCGGCGGCAGCAACGCUGGCCGGAGGUUCAGCGACAAGUGCCGAGAGUCUGGCGCAGCGAUCGCUCUUCAUCCGCGUGCGGCCGGCACCGACGACGCUUUCGGAGCGGCGGUCUGUUCUGCGCGUGCUCGAGCGGCAUGGCAAGACGGAAAUGUUUAAGAAGCUGGCGGAUAACGCCUCGUUUAUUGCCAUAGCCGCAACGGCUGCGACGGCGUCGACGCUGAUCAACCGCAGUCCGAUUCAGUACGAGUUUCUGUCAGAGACGUUUGAGACGGUGCAGCCGUGGGGGAAUCCACGGGUGGCCACUCUGGUGCAGCCGAUCGAGACGAGGCGGAUAGGAGAAGGAGAGGUGGCGGAGACGGCGGCCGGAAGCGCCGACACGAGUAACCGACGACAGACCGAACACGUGCAGCACAAGUCCUUUGUGGUCAGCGUGUUCCCCAGCCAAGACUACCGCCACCAGACGAUGCUCCGGCUCUCGCCGCUGCAUGGGCCGUGGCCCAAGGACUUCUCGGCCGUCUUGGCGCCGUCAUUGACGGGCCGCGGCAAUGUCGCCUACAAGAACACGUUUGUGUACAACGCCCUCCGGGCGGUCGUGCCCGAAAGCGCGGCAUCCGAGGGCCUGUCCAGCCGGCUCAUGUGCGACCCGUCGCGGCGCAGGAUGCAAGGCCAAAAUGCGGCGCCACGGGUGUUGCAGUCGAACUGGUGCAAGGGGCCCAUUCCGUUUGGCGGGCAUUCUUCUGCCUCCUUGCAUGACGAGAUUGAUGUCGUGUGCGAGUUAACUAAGAUAUUUACCGGGAGCACAAAUCUCUUCUCGGCCAGGCCUCUUUCCACCAUGGCCCGCACCGGCUUCUUUCACCAUAUCGGCACAUUCCUGCUCUUCGCGGCGUGCAUCCUGCUGCUCGUCACCAGCAUCUCGGCCCCGACCGUCAACCGGCUCUCGCUCCUCAAGGUCCGCCUGGGCAAUGCCACCGAGGCCCACAGGUCGGCCCUCACGUUUGGCUCGUUUGGCUACUGCAUUAUCGACACGCCGUCCGCAGGCUCAAAGAAUGAAGACUAUUGCACCCACAGCAAGCUCGGCUACGACCCGGUAGCGGCCAUCGUGGCCGGUGGUAUCGAGUCAUCCUCGUCCUCCUCCAAAUCCAUCUCCACGCUCUUCUCCCACGGCGAGACCAGGACGGUCCGCGACCUGACCAAGGUCAUGAUCCUGCACCCAAUCGGCUGCGGCAUUCUCUUCGUGGCCUUUCUGUUCGCCGCCGGUGCCGGCUUUAUAGGCUCGUUCCUGGCGUCGCUCGUGGCCCUGGUUGGCUUCCUGGCGACCAUUGUCGUACUCGCUACCGACUUUGUGCUUUUUGCCAUUGUGCGCCACAAGGUCAACGGCGACGACGACACGACAGGCGCUACGGCCGUCUUUGGGCCGGCCAUAUGGACCGUGGUCGCUGCUGCCGCCUGCGCGCUGUUCGGUACCCUGAUCGUCUUCUUCUCCUGCUGCAGCGGCCGUCUGCACGAGCGGCGCAGCGUGCCGUCGCGCAAGCUGGAAGGCAGCUUUGCCCGGCCUCCGCGGCGGUGGAGACGAUUCAUCUAG